AUGAUAUUUAAAAUACGUAAAGAUAAAUUAAUGUCAAUGUUUGAAUGUAUGGAUAAAUAUCGAAAUUAUCAAUAUCAACAUUUAGGUGAUACACAUGAAGAAGCAUUAAUAACAAAAUUAUUAACAGAUUAUAAUAUUGAUAAAGAACAUUUAAGACAUGCUCAAACAUUAGAAGAAAUAGCUGAUUUAUGUGAAAAACUUUAUAUUUAUUACAUAGAAGAUAUUCUUGGUAUACAUUCACAUGACAAAUUAUUAGACUAUCGCGAAGAACGUGAAAAACGAAAAACAUUAAUUUCAACCAUUGAACAAGGUGAAAAAAAUGAACAACCCUUACCAACAAUUGAUGAUGAUGAACAAGAUGAAGAUACAUUAAUUGAACGAUUUCAUUCUCAAUUAAAUUAA